CAGUGACGUUGUAUCCAAGGUGAUUUUAAGGUACCUAUACCUAAUUUUUUUGUGUUAAAAAAACGGUACGUUGACUGCCAACGUACAACAUUUCGGCUCGGAUAAACAAAGACAUGAAGUUAGAGUGGGAGUUCUCAUUAAAGUUGGUAGUUUGCAUAAGGAGCGUCGCUUCAAAGGCGUAUUGUAUAGGCAAUUUUUUUAACUAAACAGUAGGCUAAAAUUUGUAAUAACACAACAAAGGCUUUUAUUUAGAUUUAAUUUAACUUUUACCAUUUUUGAAAGAAAUGUUUUACUUUCAACAGGAAUCAGUAUAAGCACGAAAGAAAAAUUAUUCUAGUAUUAUCAUACAUUAUGUAUGAUACAAAAUACAGUAUAUAUAUUAUGUAGAACAAAAUACAUACAGUGCGUUGCCAAGGUAACAAAAUCAUAUACAAAUCUACAGGAAUGAAGAUAAUAUUAUGUAAGUUGUAAACAAUUAGAUGCCGUUCAUCUAUAUGUUGAUUUGUAAUAAUGGAAGACUAUAAAAUUUUAGAUAGGAUAGGAGAAGGAACUCACGGACAAGUUGUUCAAGCUCUACAGCGAUCUUCUGGUAAAAUGGUAGCGUUGAAAUGCGUUCGUUCGGUAGAAAGAACGCCAAAACAUGUACUGCGUGAAAUCGAAUCGUUAAAAGCGUUGCACUCUGAUUAUAUUAUCAAAAUAUUGGAACAUUUUUGUCAUAGCUUCAGUUUCUACUUGGUCUUGGAGUAUAUGGUGUCGGGAUUGUCGGAAAUGUUGCACGACGAAACCAUCAAUUUGAACGAUUCUCAUCUGAAAUCGUAUGCUCGUAUGCUCAUUCGUGGCAUACAGCAUAUACAUUCAUUGAACAUUAUGCAUAGGGAUCUUAAACCGGCUAAUUUGCUAAUAAGCUCUAAAGGUGUACUGAAAAUAGCGGAUUUUAGUUUAAGCCGUUUACUAUGGACCGAUGUCGACAAUGAUUCAGUAGAUUGUUGUUAUACAAGGCAAGUGGCAACAAGGCGGUAUCGUGCUCCAGAACUUCUGUUUGGAUCCAUUUAUUACAACCGGUCUAUUGACAUGUGGUCCGUUGGUUGCAUAUUAGCUGAAAUGUAUACAAGAACUUCGUUAUUUCUAGGCGACUCCGAUAUGGAGCAAAUUGCUAUUGUAGUACAUUACUUGGGUACACCUACAGACAAGAAUUGGCCAAAAAGAAAAGAAAUGCCAGAUUAUAACAAACUUCAAUUUAUCGAUUGCAAUUCAAUUCCAAUGGACAGUCUAUUGCCCGAUGUCGAUAAACAAUUGGUUGAUUUGGUAGCAAAAUUAAUUUUGUACGAUGCAGAUAAAAGACUAAACGCAGAAGAGGCAUUGUUGCAUUCUUACUUUUUCAAUGAACCGUUACCUUGUCUUGAACAUAGAAUGCCUAUACCACCUCAAAAUCAUAGACAAAAGAUAAUACCCAAACAAACACGAGUGAUCGACAAUAUAGAACAAAACUUCAGUGACUUGUAUAAAAUAAUUCAAGAGUCAUUUUAACAUCUUAUAUAACAUAAAAUGUAUAUUAAAUUGAAUUAACUUAUAAAUUGUAAAGGGAAGUAUUUUGUUUGAUUUUAGAAAGAAUAUAACUUAUA